UGGUGGUGGAUGGAGUUAGCGGGGCAAGAUCGAUCACCGAAAAACUCGAUUGGGUUUGUUUUUCCUAACCGAGUCAAAUACUUCGUAAGACGGCCUGGUCAAGCGGUUUGAACCCAGAGAGAAGAGGCGACACAAGGAGCGCUCCACAGGGCCUGUUCCUGCCUGCCAGCCUCUCCCGCCGUCCUCGAGCCUUCAGGACGAUGGAGUUUCCCUGGCACAGCGGGAAGGUUCUGGAGCAGCUUAAUCGCCAGCGCAAGCAGGGCCUGCUGUGUGACUGCACCUUUGUUGUGGACGGGGUGGACUUCAAGGCCCACAAAGCUGUGCUGGCGGCAUGUAGCAUCUACUUCCGCACCCUCUUCCUGGACCAGAAAGAUGUGGUGCAUCUGGACAUAAGCAAUGCAGCGGGUUUGGGUCAGGUCCUAGACUUUAUGUACACAGCCAAGCUGAGUUUAAGUCCGCAGAAUGUAGAAGACGUGCUGGCUGUUGCCAACUUUCUACAGAUGCAAGAAAUUGUAAAUGCAUGCUGUGCGUACCAGUCAAUGGCAAAUCCAACUCCAUCCCUCAUAACCCUGGAUUUCGCUGUUGAAGACAAACCGAGUGGCGGAGAGCAGAGAGAGGAACAAGAGAGCCAGCUGGCAGAAGUGGCAUCACAACCGGACGAGAGUCCCCCUAGCACCGCCACAGAGGAUAAAGAGCCCACAAAUCAGGAAAACUUAAAGGAAAACAUCUCUACUGAAACACAACAGACUGUUUCUCAGCCCAACCCCUCCAGAACCCACUCAGGCCGAGGACGACCCCCCAAAACCGCCCCCCUUUCUGCUCAAAAGAAGAUAUCUAUAAAGAAGGAGGAAGAAAGUGCUCAAGAUGUGCCUGCAUUUCAGGACGACCCCUCUGACACUGACUACACGCCCAAAUCACAGUUGAAACCUGCCGGUAGCUCGUCCUACAUGAGCUCUCGGGGGAGAAGAAUCAGGAAACCUCCUCGGAGAAACUUCCCACCUGACAAUGACUCAGAGGAUGAAGGCACAUCAAAGACAAAAGCUGGGAAGAAGGCGACGGAGCCGGCGGAAGUGGCCAGAGAACAGGAGGAGGACUCUGGGGAGGCCGGCGAUGGGGAAGCUGAUGAUGAUGAUGAUGAUGAUGAUGAAGAAGAGGAGGCUGGAGAGGAAGACGGCGAGGUUAGCCAGCAGAUGGGAGGAGUCGAUUGGAGCAGCGAGGGAGAGGGCAGACAAACCUCAUCAGCGUCUAUGAGCAGCCGAUCCGAGUCCAAACCUUAUAGCUCCGUGACGCACGAAUGUGAGGACUGUGGGAAGAAAUUCACACACACUGGUAAUUUCAAGAGACACAUGCGUAUUCACACAGGAGAGAAGCCGUUCAGCUGCCGGGACUGCAACAAGGCUUUCUCUGACCCUGCAGCCUGUAAAGCCCACGAGAAAACACACAGCCCUCUGAAGCCGUACUCCUGCUUGACCUGUGGAAAGAGCUACAGACAGAUCAGCCUGCUCAACCUGCACCGCAAACGGCACACGGGCGAGGCGCGGUACAGCUGCGAAGUGUGCGGUAAGCUCUUCACCACGUCUGGCAACCUGAAGCGCCACCAGCUGGUGCACAGCGGCGAGAAGCCGUACCACUGCGACUACUGCGAGAAGGCCUUCUCCGACCCCACCGCCAAGAUGAGACACCUGGAGACGCACGACACAGAGAAGGGCAACAAGUGUCCACACUGUGACAAACGCUUCAACCAGGUGGGAAAUCUGAAGGCUCACUUAAAAAUCCACAUCACAGACGGGCCUCUCAAGUGUAAGGAGUGUGGCAAACAGUUUACCACGACAGGAAAUCUGAAGAGACACCUGCGCGUUCACAGUGGGGAGAAACCGUACAUCUGUGUGCACUGUCAGAGAGCUUUCAGUGACCCUGGAGCUCUGCAGCGGCAUGAACGCAUCCACACAGGAGAGAAGCCCUGUGUCUGUCUCAUCUGUGGCAAGGCCUUCACCCAGGCCAGCUCACUCAUCGCUCACGUCCGCCAGCACACUGGAGAGAAGCCCUAUGUGUGUGAUCGUUGCGGCAAAAGGUUUGUGCAGUCCAGCCAACUGGCCAAUCACAUUCGGCAUCACGACAAUGUCCGGCCCCACAAGUGUCAGAUGUGCAACAAGGCUUUUGUUAAUGUGGGAGACCUGUCGAAGCACAUUAUCAUUCACACAGGGGAGAAGCCUUUCCUGUGCGAUAAAUGCGGCCGAGGGUUCAACCGGGUGGACAAUCUGCGCUCCCACGUCAAGACCGUUCACCACGGCAAGGCCGGCAUGAAGCGGCUGGUGGUAGCUGGAGGCAGCACAGACGAGGGAGCUGAUGGAUGCGCAGGGGCAUCCACAUCUGACAGCGAGAUCAACAUAGUUACUGUCACCACGGAGGACAUUGUCACCCUGGCAACCGAGGCCCUGGCAGCCAGUGCUGUAGCUCAGCUGACAGUAGUACCAGUGGCUGCUUCAGUGUCUGCAGAUGAGACGGAGGCUUUGAAAGCAGAAAUCACCAAGGCAGUAGAGAAAGUGCAAGAAGCAGACCCCAACACCCAGAUCUUGUACGCUUGUGACUCAUGUGGUGAUAAAUUCUUGGACGCCAGCUCCCUAGCCCAACACGUACGCAUCCACACAGCUCAGGCCUUGGUCAUGUUUCAGGCAGAUUCCGACUUCUACCAGUACACCACGGCCACCGCCGCCGAGGGGGAUUCUGCCACAACGUGGCAACCCACAACCGAGCAGGUCAUCCAGGAAGAACUUAUCUUCCGUGCCCCGGAGGGAGAGGGGGAUGCAGAAGGAGGGAUGGUGGGGGAGACACAAGCACGAGAGGAAGAGUCAGGAGCGGUGAUUCAUGUGGAGGGGAGGGAGGCUGGUGAGGUGGAAACCCACACUGAGCUCCCCGCAGAGGGAAGGGAUGAAGCUGCAGCAGAGGUAGAGGAGGAACAAGAAGAGGCGAUGGAAUGUGAAAGUGAGGCGUAGUAGAGCAGAUACGUAAAGAGUGUAUGAAAUAUUGCUUGUAACAGAACUCUAUUUGGUACAGGAGAAGGAAAUAGAAGAAAUGAAGUGAGCUGAUGCCAAGAUGUUAAAAAUAAAUCUAUACUGGAUUCAUGACUUGGGACACUUUUUAAACAACUUUGUCUGAGGAGGUAUGGUUGUAAGUCAUGUCUUUGCCAGUCAUAAUUCCAGGAAACAAGAUCAGAUCCAGUGAUAUUAUUGGGAAUUCCUUCAGAGAUGGAUAUACUACUUUGUAUAGUUUGUUAUUUUUAGACUGAAAUGCAGGACUGUGCAUUGUCCUUUUUCUGUCUUACCUAAUCUAACUUAAAGAAAGACCUCUGUGUUGAGAUAUGUACAUUUUCCUUAAACAGUCAACAAUAUUUUAUUGUACUUAGUUGAAGUAUUUUCAUGAAAAGCACAUUAUAAAGAGAGUAUCUACAUGAAAAUGUGGGGAUACUAAAAAUGUAUUUUGGGGGGGGGGGGGUACGUAAUUAUUACCUCCUAGUUUUCCAGAAGUGGGAUGUCAUACAUUCAUGUACUGGCAAACAUUUAAAUGCUGUGCAUGUAUGAUAUUUGUAUAUGUGUUAUGUGUCCUCUAAAAAGUCUUAAUACCUCUGAUAAAAGAUAAAAAGAAAUGUGUGUGGUGAUGACAAGCUGGACAACAAUUCUCAGUUUCACCUUGAUAGGAUACCAGCUUUUUUCUGGUAUUGCAUUUAACUGGUCACAUUGGUGUGUGGGCUGCUCCCUGUCACCAGUGGUUUAUGUCAUUAUUUUGUCUUCUUAUAUUAACACUUGCAAGUAACAUUCUGCUUAGACUCACUGUUAUUCAUCAUCUGAUCAUAAAGAACCAUCCCGCAGUCUGA